GCAAAACCACAGUAUCAUUCUGGGCCGACCAAGGGAUGCUCUUCACGCGCACGAAUCGACAAAUUUAUAAAUAUUCGAGUCUCAUUCCCAAAUGCCUGACUCAUUCACUACAUCUGGUAUCGUUGUGCCAUAACCUUCAUUCAUUCAUUACUUUGUCCAAAAUAGACAUCCGAGAGGCGCGCCCAGACGGUACCGGAGGCGCAAGGAUGAGUAUACAAGGUAACUUCGGACUGAUGCCUUCUACUGCUGAGCUGGUUUCUUGGGAGCGAGCAGCGAACAUCAAGUACGGCCCUCAAGCAGUUGAAGAAUACAAGCAAGUGUCUCUUGAGAGGCUCGAAACGAACAUUGAUGCCCAUUUCACAAAAAUGCAAGACAGCGCGACCAAAAAACGGCAAACUCAAAAACAUAAUCUACUCAAAGACUUGCGCAAUGCGUUCAAAGGCUUGUCAAAAGACUCGCGUGAAGGAAGAAUCGAAGAGGGGUAUCACGAAGACGGAGAAGGGCGAUUUGUCCGCGUGGAUACGAGCUCAUGGUCGGACGAGAGAAUGGAGCAGUGUCAGGAAUAUCACGCGGGAGUCGAGCAUCAGUUUGGCGGAUUCUUCCGCUAGAUAUUUGGAGACGGGCACGGCGAAUGUGGUCCUGGUGGGUUUGAUCACAACGGCAGUGACUAUGGUGGUGGUGAUUACAAUGGUGGUGGAGGCGACUUCGGUGGUGGAGGCGACUGCGGUGGCGGCGGCGAGUGAUCCUUUGCUUGCAAGCGCUGGACGCGACCGCGAGACCGAAAGUGGUCAACUGUCUCCUAGUCCUGGGAAUCGCGUAAGAGCCUUGCAAAUUGGUUGAUCUGAUCACUACAUCAGCGGUCAUCCGCGACAUGUUACUGAUGUCACCGAGCUCACAAUUAAAUCGAAACAGCAUCAGAAGACCUAUCAGACAGUAGCAUAUCACGUAUCAUGAAAUCAAUUGAUAUUUACUUCCAUG